CCGAGCGAGGACGACCAACAGCCUCCAGUGUGUAGCCGACUGGGCUCGGUGCAAGGUGUCUGUGGGAAAAUACGGUUCCUUUUUUGCCCCGUUUCGACAGAACCGCAAAAUAUGAAUUCCCGCUUACAACUGAUCUGGCUGAUGCUGACGGUGGGGGCCAUCGCGUCCACGACGGCCCUCCGCUGCCUGCACUGCUCCAACUGCCAGAAGACGGCCGACACCUACCACGACUGCGACGACAGCUACGACGUGUGCAUGAAAAUCAACGUGGCUGGGCGCGUCGAGAAGCGGUGCGGCUACAGCUGGGCGUGCGGGCUCGGGGGCCUGGAGAGGGGCGCCGUCAGCAUGUGGAACGCCAUCAAGAACUCCGUCAGCGAGGGCGACCUGCAGGCCUCCGACGCCCAGCUCAUCUACUGCUGCGACAGGGACUACUGCAACGCCGCCGCGCCCGCGUCCCUGAGUUCCUCCCUCCUGCUGGCGGCCGCCCUCCUCGCCUACGCGCUGGCCUGAGAGGAGGGCGGAACGGCUGUCCUCGCUACACUCGGCACUCUCUCCUGUGCCACCUUUUCUGACACCCGUCUCUUUAUUCUCUCUUUCUGUGUUCCUCUCCUUUAGUCUGAUGUCUUUCUGUUCACAUUUCCUUUCGUCCUUUCUCUCUGCGUCUUCUCGUCUAUUGGUCUGUCUGCUAUUUAUUAUUUGAUAUUAUGUUUCUUGUUUUGUACAAGCUGGACGUGUUAACAGUAAAAGAUUUGUAAUUUGA